GUGUUGAGUGAUAAAAAAAAGCUUUAAACCGAUGAAAAUUACUUUUGUUUGCUAUACCGAUGCUAUGCCAUAUCUAGACUUUUAUGCGAAAAUUUGCUCUAUAACUAAAUUUGAUAAUUCAGUUCACCUUUUCUCUUUCAAUUCCAAAAGAACAAGAGACAGAAUUGAUUUGGAAUUCAUCCGAAAUUCCACAUGACACCCUGAACGAUGUUUUUUUUCGCUCAUCAGAAUUUGAAUCCCAAAUCAUUCCGAACUGCACAUAUCAAAUGUGGUGAGGCUUCUAUGAUUACUAUAUAAUCAAAUCAUCGGAUCAUAGCAAACCGGUUAGGUAUCAUCACCCGCAUUCCUCGUCACAAUGAAGUCAAUUCUGGUGGUAGCAUUCGUCAUUUUUCAAACUGUUUAUUGUGCGAAUUUAUUUCCUUCGGAAAAUGGUGUUCUGGUUCUGGAUCCAACGAGCUUCGAUGCAGCUCUCCGGCAAUAUCCGGUGCUGUUGGUAGAAUUUUUUGCUCCCUGGUGCCGAUACUGUCAGGCACUCGCUCCGAAGUAUGCCAGUGCUGCUGGACAACUUGCCAGCAUGAACGCCACUGUCAAACUGGCAAAACUCGACGCCCAUCAGUAUUCUGAAUUUGCCAGCCGGUAUGGAGUUCAACGAUACCCAACUUUGAAGCUGUUUAAUCACGGAACUGUUUCCGAGUAUGGCGGCGAGCACGAACAGUCUCCAAUCGUCCAAUGGCUAAUGCAGUUUGAGCGGAAAAUCGGUGCAUCCCCGGUUGUGAAAAGUUCUCCAACUGACGUUUUUCCUCAUCUGUCACGGAGCAAGUUUAACGCUACCAUCGCAGUGAACCCGCUCAUUGUGGUGGAAUUUUACUCUCCCGCGUGUUCCCAUUGUCGGACUUUCGCACCAGUGUUUCUAGAAAUUGCCAAGGAACUUGCCACCAUCAAUCCGAACAUCAAAUUUGCGAAAGUAGACGGUACCCGAGAGGCAGCUUUGCUGACUGAGCAAAACGUUUCGUCGUAUCCGACUAUAAAAUUGUUCCUAAAUGGUCAUCCUUUGACAUACGAAGGUAGCAGAGACAAAGAGUCGAUCAUCAACUGGCUCCUCACCGCCUCCCGUACAGCGUCUUCAUUCGUGAAAAGAGAAGUUUCCUUCCAGCCUGAUGUCCGAGGUGAGCUGUUCCGUUCCGAGGGCAACGAUUCUCAGCAAGUGCUUCCGACCGUGCUAAAUCUUAUCCUGCUAAUGGCCGUUGCCUUCCUCCUGACUUGGACCUAAUUAGUCGGGCAACUUUUUAUCUCUCCAAUUUGGUACGACUAAUUAAACUUUAUCACUACUAUCA